UCUGUUUUGAAGAAAGGCGCCCCAAAAGACAACAACUUCCGGGUCUAUCUACGUAGUGCCACGGAAGUAGAUUCUGCGCAUGUGUCAACUACUUCCAGAGAUUUCGUCUGAGUCGGUCCAAAACACAAGGUUCUUCAUUUUGCAGAAGUUUGUCUGAGCCGCAGCCAUGGUGUGCAUUCCUUGCAUUGUGAUUCCUGUUCUGUUGUGGGUCUACAAGAGGUUCCUGGAGCCCAUCCUCUACCCUUUCAUUUCACCGAUUAUUAACACAUUCUGGACCAAAAAAGCAGUCCAGGAGACGGGCACUACUGACCAAAAAGCUACUGAAACUAAGAAUGGGACCUGCAAGCCUGAAAGCAAUGGUGUGGCCACUGCCAAUGGAUCCACUAUAGCAGCAGAUAAGAAGACGGACUGACAGCGCUAAAUGUUUUACUAUGAAUCUUAACCAUUGUAAAUAUUCAAUUGUUAUAGCUAUAGAGAUAUAAUAAAUUCAAAAAUAUAGAGAAACUAUGAAUUAACUUAUCAAUCUUCUUUGAAUGGAGUGGUUUUGUUACCUUCCAUAUUGUAUGUACAAUGUUUUUAUUUUUGUCAUUUGGAAAACUAACUUUAAGAAAUUGUUCAUAGUCGAUUUAUUUUCUCUGUUAAUCAUGAAUUUAUACAUGUUACUGUAUUGAAUUAUCUAGCUUGAUUACAUAGCUUUUUUAAGUCAAAAUUUCAGUUUAAUAAAUGAAUAAAACAAAA